AGGUGCAUCUGCAGCUCAUCACGUAGGUGGCGGUAGUGAGUCGUAAAUAAAUAAAUUAAAAAAAAAAAAAAAGUAGACCGUGACAAGAAGACAACCCGUAAUCGACCACCGAAGAAGAAACCCAGGAAGUGUGGCUGCCGGACGUGACAGGAGAGAAACGAAAGAGUCUGACGAUGGUGCUGAGGGAAGUCCCCACUGAAAACAUCGCCCGUCCUCUGGGCAGGAACGAGGUCAUCGGCCUCCUCUUCAGACUCACCAUAUUCGGAGCCGUCACCUACUUCACCAUCAAGUGGAUGGUGGACGCCAUCGACCCGACCAGGAAGCAGAAGGUGGAGGCUCAGAAACAGGCAGAGAAACUGAUGCGUCAGAUUGGAGUUAAAAACGUGAAGCUGUCCGAGUACGAGAUGAGCAUCGCAGCUCACCUGGUGGAUCCUCUGACCAUGCAGAUCACGUGGCGGGACAUCGCCGGUCUGGACGAGGUGAUCACAGAGUUAAAGGAGACGGUGAUCCUACCUGUUCAGAAGAGACACCUGUUCCAGGGCUCCAGACUGCUGCAGCCUCCAAAAGGCGUGCUGCUGUACGGGCCUCCAGGAUGCGGUAAGACCCUCAUCGCCAAGGCAACGGCCAAGGAGGCGGGGUUUCGCUUCAUCAACCUGCAGCCGAGCACGUUGACGGACAAAUGGUACGGAGAGUCCCAGAAGCUGGCGGCAGCCGUGUUCACGCUGGCCGUCAAACUGCAGCCGUCCAUCAUCUUCAUCGACGAGAUCGACUCGUUCCUGAGGAGUCGCUCCAGCUCGGACCACGAGGCCACGGCCAUGAUGAAGGCCCAGUUCAUGAGUCUGUGGGACGGACUGGACACGGACCACCACUGUCAGGUCAUCAUCAUGGGAGCCACCAACCGUCCCCAGGACCUGGACUCUGCCAUCCUGAGGAGGAUGCCCACCAGGUUCCACAUCAACCAGCCCAGUAUGAGGCAGCGAGAGCAGAUCCUCAGACUGAUCCUGGAGAACGAGAGCGUGGACUCGUCCGUCAACCUCGUCAGCGUUGCCAAGGAAACGGAAGGAUUCUCAGGAAGUGACCUCAGAGAGAUGUGUCGCGACGCCGCCCUGCUCUGUGUCCGAGACUUCGUCCACUCUCAGAACGACAGUGCAUCAGAGGACUUCAUCCGUCCGAUCCACCAGGACGACAUGGAGAGAGCCAUCGGGAAGAUGAAGAAGUCCAAGACGGCGGCGGGAGGACACGGCGCCCUGCUGCACGCCGCCCUGGACUAAAAAACACCACGACGAGUUUCAAUCUGUUCAACAUGUGCCACUGCUCCUUGUUUUUAUUUAAAGACCAAGAGUCCAGAGGAAUCCAGAGACAAAGAAAUACUAAAAAACUUCAUGAAAACAUCUCGUGCUUCGCUGCUGGUUUCCCUGUAAAUAAAGUCACAAUAAGUUAGUUUACUUUUAAAAAGCUAAAGUUUCUUCACGUCCGUUCUGAGCCACGUUAAUGCCACAUAUCUGAACUAUAUAUAUAUAUAUAUAUAUAUAUAUAUAUAUAUAUAUAUAUAUAUAUAUAUGUACAUGUAGAGAGAGAUUUCCGUUCAGUUUGUUCUGAUGAAGUCCUACAGUUCCCAUGAGCCUCGGCUGCUGUAACAGUUUGAGAGACUUUUUAUAUGUGACAACCCACCAAACACAACCUGUAGUUUAACCACCAGUAAAUAAUGUUAAAAACUAAUUAUUUGAAAUUUACUUAUAAUCUCAUUGAAGCAACGUUAUCGAUAUUAUCAAGAAAAACUGAUAAUUUAUUGGAACCUUUAGUUUUUAUUUAAAGUUCUGCUGGUUUAUUCUUUUUAUUUAUUCGUGCAUGUUCAACAGAUCUGCUGCUUCGAACCUCGAAGUUAAAAUACUGGAGGGAAUUCUUUGGAAAUGUUUGACUAAUAAACGUUUGUUCUUUGUAAAGAGUUUUGCUGUAAACGGAGGAGGAUCUGUGUGAGUGGGUCGGGGACGUCUUCCUUUCUGUUUUUCAUGAAGUGUACUUUAUUCUUCUUUUUUUUAUUUUAGUUUUUUGUCGUGAUGAUUGAAUGACGGGUGUGAUCUGUGGUUUCUAGUGAAGCUUGGCUGCAGGACGUAAAACCUGCAGCUGAUCCAGGAGCUUUUUUAAAUGAACCUUCUGCCUUAUUGACCCGCGGUCGUUUCGUCUGGAAACCACAGCGUCUGAAUACAGCAGGAUUUUUUUUUACCGUGUUGUUGCUUGUGAAGUUAUGACUCAAUAAACUGGUUGAACCAACACGUGUCUAAAUAUUACAAAUGAAUGAUAAUUAGAAUUAAAAAUAAAGAGCAGCGUCCGGUUUUAACUGAGAAAGAUGUUUAUUAAAGCUUUUAAACAACAAAACAUUUGGCACCCCCACGUUUUAAGGAAGAAGAACAAGAAGCACCAUUUCAGUUAAAAACUAACGAAUGAAACCCGUUCAGAUCUGGAGUCAAACCCAGGUUAUACUUCAGCGUUAAGCUAACGUAGAGCCUAACGUUUAGCGCCCAGAAAUAAAACCACUAGAGCUGUGGUUGGUGCAGACUCUGUCCUCUUUAGUGUCUACAGCUGCUUCUCCAUCUCCAUCAUUUUCUAAUGGUUUUGGAUCAAUAAAGAAUUGUUAACUGAGGUGGUUUAAAGAAACAGGAAGUAGAAACAAUAACAA